AUGAUGUUCUUCAGUCGCACCGGUGCUCUGGCGGCAGCCCUUCUGGCAGCCACGCCACUUUUUGAUGGAGUUGCUGCCCAGUCAAGCACCCCGACUAUCUACACCGAUCCGGGAACCGGUAUCGUCUUCAACACCUGGUCCGCCAGCACUGCUCAGACGGCAGGGGGCAUGACCUACGGUUUUGCCUUGCCCCAGGAUGCCUUGACUACAGAUGCCAACGAAUACGUUGGCUACCUGUUAACACUCGCCUUCCAGCAAUGCGCCUCCAAGAACGGCCAGGGCACCGGCUGGUGUGGUCUCUCCCUCGGGGUUCUAUGA